CUAUUUUAAUGGGAAGCUUUUUGCUCCGUUUUGGUUGAACUCCUCUGAACCUCCAUCAUGUCCCGGAGGGUUCUGCUGGAGGCCCUGGAGGAUCUGAGCCUGGACCCGGGCUAUGUGACCGGGGACCCGAGCCCGACCCUCAGCUCCAGGAGGACUCCUCCCCGGGGAGCCCGGGGGCAGCGCGCCGGCAGCUGGGACAAGGUGAGGAGUGAGGAGGACCCACAGGACCCUCAGGCCCUCCUGCCCAGGUGUGCCCUCCUGGAGGAGGCCCCGUGGACGGAGGAGGAGCUGUGGGAGGUGGUGCUCCGUGUCUCGGGCUCCUCCUCCUCCCUCUCCGGCUCUGCCAAUGUGCGCAGGUUGUCGGUUCUGCUCCGCGGGGCUCUGGAUCGCAUCUCCGGGGACGCGCACCGGCUGAGCGCGCUCCACGGGCGGUGCACGCGCCUGGAGGUGCAGAGCGCGGUCACGCUGAACCUGAGCGCGGGCCUGGCCGACAGGUGCGCGUCCUCGGCGGUGCGCGCCGCGUCGCUGCACUGCAUGAGCGCGCGUCGGGAGCGGGGCGGGUCCGCGCGCUGCGGGCUCGCGCUCUCCGCGGGACGCUUCUUCAGGUGGAUGGUGGAGACGCGCGUGUCUGUGCGCGUGCACGAGUACGCAGCAGUGUACCUGACGGCGUGCGUGGAGAGGCUGGCGGAGGAGGUGGUGCUGAGGGCGCUGAGGAUGGAAGGAGGAGGAGGAGCAGCGGGCGGUCCGGUGACCUUAGAGCUGCUGGACCGAACCGUCAACAGCGACCCGGAGCUGUGCGGGCCUCUGCGGGUCUACGAACACCUGAUGAGUGGACGGGACGACGGUGGUGAGCUGUCUCUGCCGGCUCACGUCGGGCCGUACACGAAGGCUCCCCGGGACACGACGGAGAGCCGGGAGGACGUUUACAUCCAACUGGAGCUACGAACGCUGGAACAAUCUCUGCUCACCACCGGUGUGGGCAGCAUCUCAGAGCUCAGUGAUCUGGUGUCUCGGGCGAUGCACCACAUGCAGCGUCUGCGCAGCUCGAGCUCGUCCGUCUGCGGCGUUCGCUCAGCCAAUCAGCCGCCGGUAUCCUGGGCCGCCGACGCCCUGCGGACGCUCUACUACUUCCUGUCCAGCCCACAGAUGGAGGCGCUGGAAAAUCCCAACCUGGAGCCUCCGACCAUGACUCUGAGCAGAGAGAGGCCGUUCCUGCUCCUCCCUCCUCUGAUGGAGUGGAUCAGAGUCGCCGUGGUGCACGCCGAACAUCGCCGCAGCCUAUUGGUGGACAGCGAUGAUGUCAGACAGACGGCCAGGCAGCUCCUCCCAGGACUGGACUGUGAGCCCCGACAGCUGAGCUCCGAGUCCUGCUUCCAGUCCUUUAAAGGUUUGGAUGCAGAAGCCGCUUCGGCAAAGUUCCAGCAGGCUUUGGGCUUCAGGAUGCUCUCCUGUGGACGAGCGGACCUGAUCCAUCAGGCCACGGGGCUUCUGGGAGCUGAGGGGGUGAACACCAUGGACGACCAGGGGAGGACUCCUCUGAUGUACGCGGCUGCAGCAGGAGAUGAAGCUCUGGUUCAGAUGCUCGUAGAGGCCGGAGCUCACCUGGACCAGCAGGUUCCAGGCUUCUCGGCCAGACACCCGUCGGUUCAUCCCGGCAGCCGCCGCUGGUCGGCUCUGACGUUCGCCGUGCUGCACAGUCACCUGUCUGUGGCUCAGCUCCUUCUGGAGGCCGGAGCAGAUGUGGAGGGAGGAGCACAUCUGGACGGUCAGGAGAGCUCAGCUGAGACGCCGCUGCAGUUAGCUGCUGCUGCAGGUUACUACGAGAUGGUGAGCCUGCUGCUCGUCCAUGGAGCGGACCCUCUGCUCAGAGUGCAUCAUGGGAAUUCACUCACAUCGCCGCUGUAUGAGGACAUGAACUCCUUCAGCUACGCUGCGGCGCACGGACACAGGAACAUCCUGAGGAGGCUGCUGCUUCAGCCCCAGAACAGGAAGGAGGACAUCCUCUCUCUGGAGGAGAUCCUGGCUGAAGGAGUGGAAGAGGAGGAGGAGGAGGAAGAGGAGGAUCAGGAUGUGAAAGCUCCUGAUUCUCCGAGUCCUGUUCCCAGACUGUGUAAGGCCAGGAUGAAAGCCCUGCAGCAGGCCGCCUACUACAGCGCCGAGCACGGUUACCUGGACGUCACCAUGGAGCUCCGAGAGAUGGGUGUUCCCUGGAGGCUCCACAUCUGGCUGGAGUCUCUCCACAGAGCCCAGCAGCUGUGUCGGGACAAAGUGGUCGUCUCCCUCCUCACAGAGUUCACCUGCAUCCGGACGGAGGACUACAACCCCGAGCUCCUCUCAACGGGAAUACCGCUCAUGUUCAGCAUGAUGGAAAUCAGCAAGGACUACGUUCUAACCAAACGUCUGGCGUCCGUCUUCUCUCACUGCUACAGCUGUUCUCCGGUUCCUCCGGUUCCUCCUCUGGACGUCUCUCUGUCCACUCAGCUCGAUAUUCACUUCCUGAACAACCAGGAGAUGUCAGACGUGACCUUCAUGGUGGACGGGCGUCCGUUCUUCGCUCACCGUGUGCUGCUGAUGUCGGCUUCUGAAAGAUUUCGGCGGAUGCUCUGCGACUCCCCCGACAACAUCAUCCACGUCGGUCACAUGACCUACAGCGAGUUCCAGAUGAUGAUGACGUCUCUGUACUGUGGAGGGACAGAGGGACUGAGCGUCUCACCGUCCGACGCCAUGAAGCUGCUUCCAGUCGCCUCUUUCUUCGAGCUCAGAGGUCUUCAGAGAAGCUGUGAGAUGAAACUUUCUCAAAGUCUGACUGUGGACAACGCCGUCAACAUCUACCAGACGGCAAAGCGUUACGGAGGAUCAGAACUCUGCCGGUUCUGUGAGGGAUUCUUCCUGCAGAACAUGGACCGGCUCCUGGACCGGGACGACUUCCACCGCCUGCUGCUGGGCAGCGUCGGCCGUGAGCCGCUCCGCCUGGAGGUGGACGUCCAGGACCAGGACCAGGACCAGGACCAGGACCAGGAACCACCGGUCCUCCUGGAGGUGUUGGAGGCCGCGUUAAUCCACAGACUCUCCAGCCUCCACGCCGCAUGUCAAGAGUAG